AUGAGCACACAACCAACAAGCCCAGUGACCAAAGAAGAGGAAGGAAUAAAGGAAGUGGUUCAAGAAGAAGAAGAAGAAGAAGCGUCUCACCCUUACGCCUUUCAUGUCUCUGGUCCUCGUAAUUUGGCCAACCUUAACUGGAGAGACCUUAUCAGUUCAAGCUGGAAGGAUGCAAAUUAUAAAAGAACUGUCAUUGCUUGUUUUAUACAGGCAGUUUACCUGCUUGAACUUGACAGACAAGAGAACCGAACACAAGAAAACGCUCUAGCUCCAAAUUGGUGGAUUCCCUUCAAGUACAAGCUCACACAAACACUGAUUGAUGAAAGAGAUGGAUCCAUUUUUGGUGCAAUACUUGAAUGGGACAGAUCUGCAGCAAUGGCUGACUUGGUACUAAUCAGACCAAGUGGUGCCCCCAAAGCUGUUUUAGCUCUAAGAGGAACAUUGCUCAAAAGCCCGACAAUGCGAAGAGAUAUCGAAGAUGACCUUAGAUUUCUGGCCUGCGAAAGCCUGAAGGGUUCUGUCAGGUUUAAGGUAGCUUUGGAGGUACUGAAAUCCAUCUCAGACGCAUAUGGAAGCAGCAAUGUUUGCAUUGCAGGGCAUUCAUUGGGAGCUGGUUUUGCUCUUCAAGUGGGAAAAGCAUUGGCAAAAGAUGGCAUUUAUGUGGAGACACAUUUGUUCAAUCCACCUUCAGUUUCGCUAGCCAUGAGUCUCAGAAACAUUGGAGAAAAGGCUGAGUUGGUUUGGAAGAGACUUAAGUCUAUGCUUCCUUCUUCAAGUAGUGAGGAAACUCAAGCUAGAACUGAUGGAGAUAAGACUCUGAGCAUAGGACUGAAUAGUUGGGUACCACGGUUAUCUAGCUUCAAGAAUACUGGUUUUGGGGUGGGAAAAUGGGUUCCUCAUCUGUAUGUAAACAACAGUGACUACAUAUGUUGCUCUUAUACAGACCCUGAAUGCUCAGGGGAGAAGAAUGAUGCUGACAAGGAGAAUGUUGGUCCAACAAAUGGACAAGUUGCAGCCAAGUUGUAUGUGGUCACCAAGGAAAAGCAGAAGUUUCAUGAAGCUCAUGCCUUGGAACAGUGGUGGUCAAGUGAUGCAAAACUUCAGCAGGCUAAUAGCAAACUCAUAAGUAGACAGCUUAAAUCUUUGUAUACAAGUGGUGCUUCUUCACAAGUAAUGCUGGGAAAACUACCUAGGUAA